UCUUCGCUCUUCCAGGUUGUGACUUACAGUAUUUAUGUGGAUCUUACUGUCCCUGUUUAUUACUUUCAAGUGAAAAAUGAGAACGGUGAUGUUUUCGCUGUUUUGGAUCUUCGCCGUGGUAAAGACUUUAGCGCUUCAGCCACGUCUGAACGUAACAUCUUCUCAGAUUGUGUCUUCGGACGGUGUGAAUCGGACUCAGCAGAGUCCUGAUCACAUCCAGCAACAUCCAACAGAAGAAGAAGAAGAAGAAGAGCUAAAAUGGGAGAAAGAGCCAGGAACCAUGAUUACUAUAACAAUAACAGAGGAAGAAGAGGAAGUACAGGGUAAAAGAGUGGAUGAAGAGAGCAGGACCAGACCUGAGGAACUGAUUGAGGAAGAGAAUCGCGGUGUAGCUCCGUCUGUAAGACUAUCAGUAGACGCUUCACUUUCCUCUUUGUCUCCUUCUCGGUAUUUCUCAUCCACCAUCAUUCCAUCUUUGAUCACCACCUCCAUCACCACACAAGGUCCUGUAGACAUGACACAGAUUAAUCUUGAUGCUGAUGAACAAAAUACAUCUCUCUCGGGUUCUCCCACCAGUCACUUUUCAGCUCUAAAGAACACAUCUAUGCUAUCAUCCAAUCAGAACAGAACACAUGUCAAUCCCUCAUUGGAUCACAUUGAAAGUUCUAAAGAAACCGUAGAUGCCGCUCCCACAGCAAAGGCAGCCAGGGCUGGACCUACUGCCAUGAGCUUACCCAGCACCUUCAAGACCAAAGCAAAGAACAAAGACAAGCGUAUAGCAAAAACCAAGAAAAACAAACUUCUGAAGAAGGAGAGGAAUAUGAAGGAGAAGAAAAACAAGCCUAUAAAAAAUUCAAAGCAAGGGGAAAGGCUAAAACAGAAGAAAGAUCAGCUGACUCCUACCCCAUUCUUUCCAUAUUUUGAAGAUCACUACUGCCCACCAGACUGUUCUUGUUACGGGAGGGUGGUGCAAUGUUCAGACAAAGGGCUCGAAAUGUUUCCCUAUGGUAUUCCAUUCAAUUCCCGCUACAUCCUUCUUAUGAACAACCACAUCAAGAGCAUUCCGCUGGACCUGCUUUCAGAGUACCUUUCUAUGGAGUUCUUGGUGCUGAGCAACAAUCGUCUGGUAGACAGUUCUAUCGAAGGUGCCUUCAAAGGCAUUCGGGCACUAAAGAGGCUGUAUUUAGACCGGAACAUUCUCCAGAGUGUCCCUAAUGACCUUCCAGCCUCACUGGAAGAGCUCCGUCUGGAUGGGAACGAGGUGAAAGUGAUGUCUGAGGUGACCUGGUUUCGUUGCCCUGGCUUGCUCAUUCUCAGCUUGAGCAACAACAGUUUAGAAAGUAUCUCCUCCUCAUUCCCUGUUGGAGUAAUGUCUCCACUAACCAGCCUUCGUAUACUCAGCCUCUCCCACAACCUUCUUACCUCUGUCCCCUUGCAUCUCCCUCUUAGCCUUCAAGAGCUUUACCUCCGUGGUAACCUCAUCCAACGCUUCCAGCCAGGAGUUUUUAAUGGCAAGGCACAGCUUCAAGUGUUGGACCUCAGUGCCAACAGGCUGACUAACAAGGGUUUGGGAAAAGGUGCACUAACCAAUGCCAUUUACUUGGAGAGUCUCAACCUAGAAGGGAACUUCUUGAAGCAAGUCCCUCGUUACCUACCACACUCCCUAAAGACCCUUAACUUAGAGGGAAACUCAAUCUCGAGCAUCAGCAAGGCCAUGUUUCUCUCACUUCCACAUCUGGAGCAUCUUGGCCUAGCCCGCAAUAAGAUCUCCAAGGUGGUGCCUGGGGCAUUUCGGGUGCUUCCUUUGUUGCACCAGCUGGACCUUAGCCACAAUAUGCUGCACCAGGUCCCACGUCAGCUCCCAGCUUGGCUCGUUUAUAUUGCGCUUAACCAUAACAAGAUUCAGAUGAUUCCACGUGAUGCAUUCUGCUCGUUCAAAAAAUCAGAAGCAGUCAAAAGUCGACUGGUUAAGGUGCAGCUGGAGCACAACCUGGUAGACUUGGGAAACCUGGACAGCAUGGCUUUCAGCUGCCUAAGAGGAUUUCAGGUGGUGCACUUUUACUGAUGAAACAAUGGUACAAACUGAUAGAAAGCAAAACAAACAAACAAACAAACAAACAAACAAACAAACAAAUAAAUAUAGGCAGGUUGUACCUAAAAGUUAACUGAUUCAGAAGUGCAGGUGAUAACAUUCCUUGGGUACCAAAGUGCAACAAACCCUACCAGUGACACAAAGGGUAGCAGCAAACCUUUCAAUUUGUCAAAAUGGAUCGUUUAAAAUCUUAAACACUUUUUUUUUUUGUCAAAUUCUUUAUUUCCCUCACUGGACUAUAUACCAUUGAACGUCUUAAGACCUGUUUCACUGGCAUUCAUAUUCAUAUUCUCUGCUUCAUGCAUACAUUUUCUUGUGUUACUACUCAGGGUAAGUGCGUUCUUAUUUUAAUGUCUGGUUCAUGUUAUAAAGGUGGACAUUUGUGUUGAUGUACUGUAGGUGUCACUGAAGGGAAGUUCACAAGGGCAUCCACAAGGCUUGAAAAAUGACUAUUACCACUUAUAUCUUCUAACCCCAAAUCCUUUUUUACACAAAUUACACAAACACGUUUUUGGAAUUACAUUAUAUUAUGUUUUAUAAGAGCAACUUGUAAAUCAAAUACAGCAAAUUUCUCAAAUCGCUUUGUUUUUUUUUUUCUGUCCGAAGAACAACGAGCCAUAACACAUUGUUGAGGGUGUGUUAUAGAAUAAAAUAAAGAUUCAUCUGCAUAUUAGGAAGAAGACUGGGUUCUGGAAACCUUGGACUACUCGAAAAGUAAAAGUCACGAGCCACUUUAAUAGAAACACCCGUACUCGUUGCUGGGAUUGUUUUUGUUAUUCAGUUCUAUACAGUAUGCGACCUACAGUGAAAUAAAUCUGCUUAGACUGUGCCUAUUAAUAACUGAUAACAAAUAAUAAAUAAAUAAAUAAAUAAAUAAAUAAAUAAAUAUUUGUUCCAAGUGUGCAAAAAAGAUGAUGUAUAAAAUAUGCAGCUGUGGUGGUUACAUGGUAGUAACAGUACCAAGUUCAGUGUGACUUUAUGGAGCCCUAAACGAUAGGAAUAGUGGACAUGUCGGUGUUGAGGAGACUGAGAGAAGUUUUUAAGAAAAAAUAAUAGGUUGUGCUUGUCUGACACUCAGACCCUCCUUUUGGUAUUCGAUCUGCCACAUGAUUGGCUAAUUUGUAUUAUUUCAUGAUUGAGCAGGUAUUAGAGGUGUUCCUAUUAAAAGGGCUUUGAGUGAUAAUAAUAG